GGUGGAAACUGAUCAAAGAAGAAAUUUAGAAUAAAAAAAAUGAUGAUAGGUGACAAGUGAUCGAUUUUGGCUUACUCUACAAAUAAGUUAAUUCGUAAAGAGAGAAAGUGGGGUGAUUGCUUCAGAGGUUGCUAAUUAUGAUUGCAACCAUUCAACUUGCAUUCCACUCAAAAAACAAAUCAUUUUGUUUUCUUCAAAAUUCAUUUAUAUAUAUUUCAGUUUCAGAGAAACCGCCAUCGUUGAAAGCUUAACACAGUAAACAUGGCAAGCUUUGAGAGAGCUUCACCAGCUUUGAAGGAGAUACUUCUCAGAAUAUACAAUGCAGAAAAGCCAAUAGAGGUUGAUUAUCACUUGUAUGAAUUUGGAUCUGUUGAAUAUCAUAUAAAGUCUUCAGUAUCUGAACCACAAGUUACCUACUUGUCGAUAUCGACUCCAUUCCUGUCCCAAGGAGUGUUUCUUUCAUAUGGGUUGUCACCAUUUACCCUGAAAAUGGUAAGGCAAAUCUCCACUGAUGUUCUUCACAUUGUAGAGCCUGCAAAUGAUGGAUACCAGCUUACUCUAAGACUUGAUUUUUCCAUGCUCCCACAUAACAAAGAAUCUCUGAAGAUAAUCACUGAAGUUUCCUCGGUCCAAGCUGUAAUACUAAGUUCACAGCUGAAAGAAAUGUUGCAAAAUGUGAAUUCUUGGGAUUUAUCUCAAGGGAUAUAUAAACCAAUCAAACUUAUUUAUCAUCCCAAAGAGCCUUUCUAUGUCAUCAGACAGCCUCAAAAGAUAGUAGCAGUGUUUCCCAUGAGAUUCAAAGAUAACUCAGAUGUGAUCAUUGCAACAUCCUUCUUUCAGGAGCUUAUGGAUGUGGUGAGUUUAAAAAAGUGGGCUAAAGUACCUCCAUGCAACUGGUCUCCUAUUCCACCUCUAGAACUUAGAGGAGAAUCUUUUGAAGAUUUGAGCACUAAUGGAGGAUUUGUCUCGUUUGAUAUAUCUUCACACCAUGUUGAAGGUAAGAGACUAGACAAGACUGUGUGGAGUCUACUAAAUUUCUAUGCCUAUGUUAAACACCAUGUAAAGUGCACCAGAGGCUUUAUACAAAGAAGGAUGAGAAGGCGAUUGGACAAUUUAGUUGAGGUCCUGGCAAAGUCAAGGGUAGAAGAUGGACAGAUUAAAAAGGUUCAAGGGUGGAGAAAGAUGAGAAAAAUGGUGGGAUCAAAAUCUAAAAUGAUAAUAAGAAGAUGGGGUGACCUGGGAAAGAAGAUAAAGAGAAUCCGUUUCCGGAUUAAAAUCCAUGGUUUUGCCCGCUUUCGUAGACGAUGGUUAACAGUGCCCAGCUUCUCUUCUUCAACGGCAUACACUAAACUACAAACUAAUGGUAAUAAUAAUUAAUUACCCUUUGUAUUUACAUACGACAAGUUUACUGCAUUUGGUGAAAUUUAAAACGAAACCUUCUUACUUUUCUUUUAGUUUUAGUUCAAAUAAGUGACCCUUGACGGUAUAGAUAUUUGUGAAAGUCUAUUCAAAUAAAUUUUCUUAUACUCA